AUAAGCCCAACACAGCAACACAAAAGCCCAACACAGCAACACUCCUCUUCCCCCAUUCACUCGGCCUGUCAUCCAUUUCCACUCCACACCGCAGCCAGACCCUCGCCGCCGCGCCGCCAGAUCCUCGCCGACGGGGACGGGAGCACCUCGGACGGGCUCCCUCGCCGCCACUCUCUUCUCGGCCGGUUGACCGCCUCCUCUCCCCGCGGCGAUGGCAGACGGGCGGCUGAAUCCAGCGGACAAGCUCACCGAAGACCUCCUCGUCGAGAUCCUGUCGCGCGUGCCGUACAAGUCGCUGUGCCGCUUCAAGUGCGUCUCCAAGCGGUGGCGCGGCAUCAUCUCCCACCCCGACCACCGCAAGGCGCUGCCGCAGUACCAUCUCCAUGACCUCGCCGGCUUCCUCUACUCGAGCGACGUCGACAAGGCUGGCUGGUUUGGGCGGCCUGUAUCUGCUCACAAUUUCACGGGUGUCUCUGUGGGAACCCGCCCUCCUGUCCGCCCUUCACUCCCCUUCCUGCCUGACUGCGAGCAAUUCCACCUUCUCGACAGCUGCAACGGCCUGCUCCUCUGCCGCCGCUUCCAGGCCUUUGGUUCGGAGGCAUUUGAUUACGUGGUGUGCAAUCCUGCCACGGAGAAAUGGGUCGCCCUGCCCGGCUUCUUCACCAAGAUGCAGACAGCUCGCUUGGGGUUCGACCCGGCUGUUUCCUCGCACUUCCAUGUGUUCCGUUUCGUGGAGGAUGGAUACGUCAAAGGGGUAGAGAUCUACUCGUCCAAAACUGGGGCCUGGAGUCACAAUGAAUGCCGCAGUUGGAUCUUCCCAACAAGUAUAGUCCAUGAAUCCAAAAGUGUUUUUUUCAAUGGUUUGCUGCAUUUGCUCGCCGUCGAGUCUGUGGUGGUGGCAGUGGAUGUGGAGGGAACUACUUGGAAGGUUAUUCCUACACCACGCCCUGGCCCCGGUGUUGAUGUCGGGUUCAUUGAUCUGUCUCAAGGGCGUUUAUAUCUGGCAAGAUGUGAUCCGCACCGUGAGUACAAACUAUCAAUCUGGGUUCUCGAAGACUACGACAGUGAAGAAGACUACAAUGAAGAAGACUACGGUGAUGAACGCUUCGGCAGUCAAGUGUGGGUCUUGAAGCACAGUGUCAGGUGUUUGAAUCUAUUUGGAGUGAAGGAUGUCCAGGUGAGAGACCAGUACCAUAUUGUCGCCCUCCACCCACAACAAAACACGAUUUUCUUGGUUUAUGAGCAUGACAAAGUACUCAUGUCUUAUGAAAUGGAUAGUGGGAAAGUGCAGUUCAUCACCGAUCUUGGACCUGAUUCCGUGGAGCCCUAUCUUCCUUAUGUAACCUUGUACUCGAAGGAAUUGGCAGAUUGGAACUGAUAGUCUGGCUUCCAUAUCGCUGUUCCAUUGUCGGCCUUUCAGGUAGCGUUCAAUCAUAGGACCCUAGUAUUAUCAGCAGCUAUCCGGUUACAUCUUUCUGAUGUUCUGUUACUCCUCUUUUGUUGUCGAGUGUGCUCUGCGUUGUAACCUCACUUUAUGGGUCUAUCUAUUCCAGAUAACUUAGUAAUGCUACCUGCUUAUCUUAUGUAAACAUAUAUGUUUAUGGUUGCUAUCAGCAAACACGCAACAGCUUUACCUAUUUAA